UGACGCAUGCGCAGUAGCCUCAGGUAGCGAGGUAGUAGCCAAGUAGACGUUAGCAGUGUAUUAAAGUACGUGGCACCAAACUUUUGACAUGAUGGAAGUAGCAGCAUUAGUGGCCUUGACCUUAUUAUUGGGUGCACUAGUUAUUCUCGUCGCAAUAGCGGUAGGUAAAAGGAAAGAAGAAAUAAGGGAGGAAAUAGAGCAAGCGGCGGAGUUGACCGCUGAAGGCAGUGCUGCAAAGGUUCCUGCGUCCAAGAAACCAAAGCAGGAGAAGCUGCGCGUCCGAAAGGAUAAAGCCUCACAGCACACGUUCAGCCACCAGCUGCUGGCCGCCUCACUGAAGAGCCACAGUGCGAACGUGACGUGUCUGGACUUCAGCAGUAACGGGAAGUAUCUGGCGUCCUGCGCUGACGACCGCACCGUCCGGAUCUGGAGCACCAAAGACUUCCUGGAGCGGGAACACAAGUGUCUGCGCGCCAACGUGGAUCUGGAUCACGCCACGCUGGUCCGCUUCAGCCCCGACUCCAGGGCAUUUAUCACCUGGCUGGCUAAUGGAGACACCAUUAGAAUAUUCAAAAUGACCAAAAAGGAGGACGGCACUAUGAACUUCAAAGCUGCUCCGGAGGACUUCCCACAGAAACACAAGGCUCCCAUCCUAAACAUCGGCAUUGCAGAGACAGGAAAGUUCAUCAUGAGCGCCUACACGGACACCACCAUCCACAUCUGGGACCUGAAGGGGGAGAUCCUGGCCUCCCUGAACACCAACCAGAUGACCAACUCUUACGCUGCCGUCUCCCCCUGCGGCCGGUUCGUAGCCUCAUGUGGUUUCACUACUGACGUCAAGGUGUGGGAGGUUUGCUUCGGGAAGGGAGGAGAGUUUAAAGAAGUCGCACGAGCUUUCGACCUGAAGGGCCACUCUGCAGGAGUUCAUGCUUUCGCCUUUUCCAAUGACUCUCACAAAAUGGUGACUGUCUCCAAAGACGGCACGUGGAAGCUGUGGAAUACAAAUGUUGAGUACAAGAAGCAGCAGGACCCCUACCUCCUGAAAACGGUCCCCUGUUCGUCCUCUGAAGGCACUCUGGCGGCGCUGUCUCCGGACGGCCGGGUGGUCGCCAUCAGUGACGGCUGCAACGUGGCCAUGUUCAACGCCACCACCGGCCAGCUGGAGGAGGAGCUGCACGGCGUCCACAGCGAGGAGAUCAACGACCUCAGGUUUGAUGUAACCGGACGAUUCUUGGCUUGUAGCGGCGACAAAGCCAUCCGAGUGUUUCACAACGCCCCCGGCUACCGGGCGGCCAUCAGAGACAUGCAGGACAUGCUGAAGAAGGCCCAGAACGAGGCCAUGAAGCAGAGACUGCAGCAGCAGAUCUCAGAGGCUCAGAGAGCGCUGGACACUGUGCUCGCUGCUCCCAACGAGUGAACGGGAGGAAACACUGUAAUGAAGUCUUAAAGUCUGACUCUUGAUGCUAAUUUUUUUUUUGCAACUUCAAAUCUCCCUCCGCCAAUAAAUGCUUUGGCCCGGGAAUGAAAGAAUGUGCAUGUAGUUUUAAUAAAGAACAUCUUUUUAUGGAAAAGGGAAAUGCUCUGAUCUUUUUGUCCAGUUUAAGUGUGAUCCUCUGCUGCAACAAUUUAAAGUCUUCCUCCUUUAAAAAUA